UUUGGCGAAUCGCAAAUAGGGGCAGGUUUGCCUUGUUCGCCAUGAGCGCGACGCGUCGAUUGCUGCGGUCGCCCUGGAUUGGAGCCGCGCUGGCUGCGGCAGGAUGCAUGGCCGUGUACCUGGUGUGGUCGGCACUGAGCCUCACUGUCGCAGACCCUGCCAGCCUGCAGCGGCAACAGCAGCCCCAACAAAGAACCGGGGAUCGUGGCAGUUUGCUGAGCAGAACCAGCAGAAGGCAAGGCGGUCAAAUGCACAACAGUCGCCAGGAAAGAAGCGCAAUUGUUGGCGCUCGCGUUGCCCUCGUUUCAUAUGCGCACUUCUCCUACAACCACCCUGCCACACGGCUCGUUGACGCCAAGCGUGCAAACAUGAAGGCUUAUGCUGAUAGGCACGGGUACGCAUACACGCUCGGGGGCAUCACCAGCACGGAUGACGAGGUGGACGAGCUGCUGCAUCGGACCGCCAACCGCGCAGCACACAACGCAUCCCAUGCACAGCAGAUCUACUCGAGACUUCGUCUCUCGGGGUCCUGGCUCAAGGGCGCGUCUGUGGUGGAGUACAUGUUCGCUUCUCCACAAAGCAGCUCCCUCGAGGCGAUCAUGUUCACGGACUUGGACGCGUUUCACACCAACCUCGACAUCCGCGUGGAGGACGUGCUGGCACGCCAUCCCCACGCAUCCGUGCUGGUGUCGCUGCACCCGGUCUCCACCCGAUUUCAAGGCAUGAAACUCCCGCCACAGGAGCUCCAGCGCCUUGUGCAGUUCAUCGCCGACUGCAAGCACGCGCACGUGGCGCCGCCUCCAUCUGUCACGUCCUGCGACAGCAUCACGCAGAUGUUCGAUGAGGAGCAGGAGAACGCUGAGCCAGACCACUGGCUGCAUGUGCCAGUGGAGAAGCUGCCCGACAAGGUCUGGACUGUGAAUGCUGGGGUCUUUAUCGUUCGCAACGACGCAGUUGGGAGACGCUUCAUGCUUGAUUGGAUCAGGGCAAGUGUUCCAUCGCCGGAUGUCCUGACCCCGUUCUCCCGGGCGUGGGUGCGCGCGGACCACCUGAUGAGUGCCAGGGCAAGUGAGACGUUUCGUCUUCACUUCUCUUAUCCAAAGAACGCAGCGACAUUUAACCAUCAAUUCCCACUGGAUGCCUGGGCCGCCGGCAUACUGACACCAGACGACGCCACAUUAGCUGACCCAAUCACCCGCUCAGACCAGACUCCAAUGAGCGUAUUGCUGGAGCGGUAUGCGGACCACGUCGCCUCCCUCGGGCCGAGGGCGAUGAACUCACACGGGUAUGGCCAGAAGGACGUGAGCCCGUCCACCCCGUCGACAACAAUGUGGCACAUGGGCGAUUGGGUUGGCCACUGCUACGGCGCUUCUCGCACCAGCAGCUCGAGGUCGAAGGGCGGGUUCGGGGAGCCCCGUGGCAGAAAAGCCAUCAAGCAUCCCCGUCUCGACUGGUGCUUGGACACGUUCACGCGUGCCACUGCCGCUGACGCUGUAUCUUCAGAAGCGCUCGACUGCUCCUAGUGUUGAGUUGGGCUGCGUCGUUGCUAU